AUGAUACGGCAAAGCUGGGACGAGCGUGCAGAUGAUGAGCCGGAACCUACGGGCUUGAAAUGGACGGGAGCAGCUGUAUGGGAUGCCGCUAUUCUGCUAUCUGAGUACCUUGCAAAGAAUCCUGAGCUUGUGAGAGGAAAGCACGUGCUAGAAUUAGGAGCAGGACAUGCACUUGUUUCAGUCGUCUGCGCAAGAUUUGGAGCGAGAAAAGUGACAGCAACAGAUUAUGAUGAGCGUGUACUAAAGUUGGCACGUGUGAAUGUUGACCACAAUGUGCGAGGAGACAACUCCUCCCAGUGUGUAGACGUCAAACAAUUAGGAUGGGGAACAAAUGAUAUAGAAUCGUUUGAAGCGUCAUCUUUUGAUCUUGUCGUUGGGUCCGACGUUGUUUACAAUAAGGGAUUAUUCAAACCGCUUAUCGAAACGAUAGACAAACUCCUCUCACCGGAGGGUACUCUGAUUCUCGCAUACAAGCCCAGGUUGAUCAUUGCACAUUCAUUUUAA